AUGGCACCGAUUCGACGAUACCUGCGAAUUACAAAGUACUCGGUUUUGGAAGUGCGCAUCUAUCUCGACAAUCCAGGACUUGCGCAAACAUGGCUCUUGCAUCCGAGGCACAAUGUGCUGCCCAGGGUUAUUGAGGCAGUCCGACCGUUGGUCCUGCCGAAACUACGCGAGGAGAAGGAGCGCGCCCGCAAGAAAAGCACCAGGAAGAAGAACAUCAAGGAUGUCGUUGUGGAAGAUGACUUUGAGGUCUCGAUAUUCCUGACCGAGACAACGACGCGCCACUCCUUGGUCACCAAGCACAAGCACUUUCACGACAAGUCCCAGACCAAGCUCACCUCGACCUCCAGUCGGGGGCUGGUGGGCGCAUCCAAUGAGGCGCCAAUCGACGUGGACAUCGAGGCCGUUACAGCCCCCAUUAUCCUACAAGAGGAGGACGACGACGACGAGCCCGGCGGCAUUGGGGCCGCUUUGGCUGCUAUACCGCCGGCCCCAACGUCAAUGGACACGGAUGCGCCUGCAGCUAGACGACCUAAGCGAGCGCGGAGAGAUACGGGGCAGGGGAGCGACGAAGAGGAAGGUCUCUUCAUCUCUUCAGACGAUGAUGGAGAUGUAGACGCUGUAGAGUCGCAAUCCGAUGGUGCAGAGCGCCCGCCCCCGCAGAAGCGCCGCAAAGAGGCGACAAUCGCCAUCGACGAUGGAACCGGCGAAGACGAUAAGAAGAAGCUCGCCAUGGACAUCACAUAUGACGGGUUUUCCAUCUACGGACGGGUACUAUGUUUGGUGGUUAAGCGCCGUGACGCCCCCCAAGCUGCGGGGAGCAGCAGGGUAGGAUCGGGGUCCGGCGGCAGCAACAGUAGCAACAACAACAACAAGACCGGCAGAGGCCAAGGCCAAGGUCAGGCCAUGUUGGAGAACUUCAUCAUCUCGACACAGAUGCCUGCGGGCGAAGAGGAAGGUCCAGUUUGA